CAAAACUAAUAUGUCAACUAUUGAGAAACCUAUAUAAAAAUUAAGAAAAUUAAGUCAUGAAUAUGAUUUCAUACACAAUUAAACACAAUUAGAUUCAAAUGAAUCAUUCUUUGAUGAAGAAAGAAGUUAAGAUUUUUAAGAAAGUGAUUUAUCUUAUUAAGAAGAACUCCCAGAUGAAUGGGAGAUGUCCUCCAUUUCUUCGAACAAUGUAUGUUUAUGCAUUUAAAAAAAUAGUCCAUUAUUCCAAUUUAAACAUUAGAAAAAAUUACAAGUUUUAAACCUUAACCUGAUAUAAAAUAACCUAUUUUGAAUAUAGACAAUAUUGUCAAUGAAAGAGUCGAUGAUGAUUUGGUAUAUUCUAAAAUUCAUAAUACAAAAUUUUAAAAUGGCAAGGGCAUUGCCAUUCAGGUGCUUGGACAAGGAUCCAUAGGUAAAUCAAACAAAAAAGAAAAAAAAUUAGAAAAAAGUAAUAAAAAACAAAUUUAGAAUCUUAAUAAUCAAUUAAAAAAUUAAAAUAAUAUUAAUAAUUCUUCAAAUUAACAAUCAUAAUAGUAGCUAUCCUCAAAUUCCAAUUCUCACUCAUAAGUUACUUCCUAAUAGAAUAAAUCAAUUUGCUAAAGUUAAAAAUUUAUAUUAGCAUAUCUAAUGGUAGAAUAUGAUGUUGAAAAAUAAGCCAAACAAAGGGCAUUAAAUUUUAUCCAAAAAUUUGCUACAAAUAUUAACAAUAAACAACUUUUAUCUAAUAUUUAGGAAACCUAUAAAAUUAUGCUUCUUCCAGAUUAAAUCUUAUAGUAACUUGCUUAGGUUUUAAGUUAAGAAGAACGUUAAUAACAUUUAAAUCUAGCUUUGCAACGUCUUAAUCUGCGAAAUAAUGAUCAUCCAUUUGCUGCUAAAGCAGCUGAAAAGAUAACGAAUCAUUUAAAUAAGAGUUGUUGUUGAUGACGACUUUGAAGAAAAAAACCAGAUAAUAUAGCUCUUAUGAGCAAAAUAUAUUAUAUAAAUAUUAAGUGAAC